CGUUCUUGGGCAUCACGGCGCGGGCAGCGUUUUUGGCUGCCGAAAGUGUGCGGUCUGGAUAGUCAGCAGGGUGUUUGGAGACACAGCCUGUGUGUAGCUGGCUGGAGUGGGAGGGCACAGCGGCUCUCAAACUCCGCGCACUUCCUGCUCUCGCUCAGUUCUAUCAGUAGCGGGAGAGCAGUGGAGGGAUGGCGGAGAAGAGCCCUGACCCGAGCGGCUCGAACGCUCGCAGGUGUCCCGCUCUUUCUCUCGGAGAGAGACUGCUGCCGUCUGGAAGCGGCUUGUCCAAAUGGGUUCGUCUGAACGUCGGCGGCACGUACUUUCUCACGACGAGACAAACGCUGUGCAGAGACCCGAAAUCUUUCCUGUACCGCCUGUGUCAGGCCGACCCCGACCUCGACUCUGACAAGGAUGAAACAGGUGCUUAUUUGAUAGACCGUGAUCCCACUUAUUUUGGUCCUGUGCUCAACUAUCUGAGACAUGGAAAGCUGGUGCUGAACCGAGGCCUAGCAGAGGAAGGUGUGCUAGAAGAGGCUGAAUUCUACAAUAUCACUUCAUUGAUUAAACUGGUCAAAGACAAAAUCAGGGAGAGGGACUGUAAGAUGGCUCAGCUCCCCGUGAAGCACGUCUACAGAGUCCUGCAGUGUCAGGAGGAGGAAUUGACACAGAUGGUCUCCACGAUGUCAGAUGGCUGGAAGUUUGAACAGUUGGUUAGUAUCGGCUCUUCAUACAACUACGGAAAUGAGGAUCAAGCAGAGUUCCUCUGCGUGGUCUCCAAGGAGUUGCACAAUCAGUCAUACGGCACAAACAGCGAGCCCAGUGAAAAGGCCAAGAUUCUUCAAGAACAAGGCUCUCGAAUGUGAAACAACUGAGUUUUAUAUCCUCCCGUCCUGUAAUUAGGGGCAAAACAACAUGCACCAUAUCACACUGAGAGACAGAAAACUGUCAAGCGGAAUGACAACCUAUUUGGAAUGGUAUUCUAUUUUGUUUUAGAUUAAUUGACACUUGUUAGUGCCUGCACAGUUAUACUGGACUGUUGUUUCUUGUUGUUCUGACAUCGGCGGAUCUAUCGGAAUCGUUUCGUUUGAAAGGUAGGAAUAUGCAUGUCAUUAGUAAUCUGAGCAAAAAGGGCCUCAAUCAUGCCUGGCCCAAUCAUGUUUACUCAGGGUCUCUUAUCGACUUUAACAAAAUAUGUUUAUCAUGUCA